UAAUUAUGUUGGAUACAUUGUUGUAUCACAUUUUUGAAAUCUUUAUUUCUACACAGAUGCGACCGGUUUGGCAAGUGGAUACAGUUUCAACGCAACUGAAGCACUUGGAGGCACAUAAAGAUCACUUGAUUUCUCUGGUUGAUCAGAUUGACAUUGUAAAUAUAUACGUAACUAAAUUAUACAUUAGCGUGCGUUAUUGUGGGUUCAUUUUUUAAAAUAAUUUUUAUUGAACAGUAGGCCUACAUAAAAACUUAAAGCAUUUUUUGGAAAUAAUUAAAAAAUACAAAUAAAUAAAAAUUUAAAAAAAAAACAUUAAGAGUCCUUAUUUGACAUUACGAAGUGUCCCUUUAGGAAUCAUUAUUGAUACAUUAAACAUGCAUCAUAAUAAAUGAACUAAAAUUGCACAAAUUAAAUUAUUAUUAUUAUUUUAUAGAUUUUGUAGCGUCAUAAAUCCAGACAAAACAUACAUAUAGCGAAUUAAAUAAAGAACUAAACAUAAAUACAUUUAAGGAACAUAAUGGAAAAUAAAAAUAAUAAUUAUGUCUAUAUGAUUGUUUAGAUAGUUAGGCUGUAAAAGACUAUGUAUAUUCCAUGGUUUAGGUUAUUCAUGACACCAAAGUCUGGAUUGAUGGCGGAGGAAACAAGACAAGUAGCUUCAUAGAGAUGUGCUCACUUAUUGAAUGCACAUUCAGGGAUGUCUCAACAAAAUGUUUAGAAUUCUAUCGUAAUAUUAUAGCUUUGAAGUCCAUUAAUAUUAAACCACUCAAACAUCUUAUAACAAGCAAAAGACAUAAAGAUUUCUCUUUAAAAGAGUAAAUCUAUUUGCGUUUCAAAUCAAAAAUUAAAAAUGUCUUAAUAUUGAUUUCUUUUCCCCCAUGUUUCCUUAUGUUUUAAUACACAUUUGAAGAAAUUUUAAUAUUCACAAACAAACUUUUAUUUAUAUCUAAUAUCAGUUUUAAUAAAACUAAGUACGUAUUUUCUUUGCAUAAACAAAAAAAAUUAAAACAAAAAUGGCUACUUAGUCAAUCAAAAUUUAAAAACAAAAUACAAAAAGUUUUUCUUGUUUCAAGUAAUACAAAAGCUCCUAAUAUGAGUAAGCGUGAUUUUACUUAUAAAUAUGCUGAAUUCAUGUAUAUGUAUUUACUACUUAUUUCUCAAGGAGAUCAGCAGCAUGAUACGGCUGCAUCAGAAGAUGGCAAAGCAUGCGGUCAACAAAAUUUAGCAGAAACUGAACCAGAGCAACAACCUUGUUCAAAAAUGGCAGGUACAAACUUUUAACAAGUGCCCCUCAAGUAGUCCUGCUCUCUGGUUGACAUCUAACUGCUUUGUGUGAAAUAGAGAAUUACUUUGUUUUUCUUUUUUUGAUUAAGUUGUUGUUGAUUUUAUUAUUAUUUUUUUAAAUUUUUUAAAGCAAUAUAUUAACUCCAUUUAAGAUAGAAAUAUACCAAUUCAAAUACAGUUUUUGUUUCAAAAACUUUCUGACUUUGUGACCAAUUUAACGUAAAAUAAUUACAUCAUUUAGAUUUAAUAACGCUCUAUUUUUGUAAUACAUAUACAAUAUAUGUUUUAAUAUAUAUAUAUAUAUAUCAAUAAAUAUGUAUAUAUAUAUGCAUAUAUAUAAAUACAUAAAUGUUUGUAUAUAUGUAUAUAUUAUUUAUUUAUUUUAAAUGUUCCAUCAUUUUUGAAUGUAAUAAUAAUUUACAACAAAAAUUGAAUGUUCUUUUUUUUUUUUUUUUUUUUUUUUUUUUUUUUUUUUUUUUUUUUUUUUUUUUUAAUUAAAAUGUUUUUUUUUCUCUGUUAAAAUGUCCAGUAAAUGUAUAUUUUGAUCUUCACUACUUUUAUAUUAGAAAAUGAAGAAAAAAACGCAUGUCUUAUAAGCGUUAGUAUAAUUUCUUAUUUUGUAAAGUAUAUAUUAUUUAUUUAUUUUAAAUGUUCCAUCAUUUUUGAAUGUAAUAAUAAUUUACAACAAAAAUUGAAUGUUCUUUUUUUUUUUUUUUUUUUUUUUUUUUUUUUUUUUUAAAUUUUUUUUUUUUUUUUUUUUUUUUUUUUUUUUUUUUUAAUUAAAAUGGUUUUUUUUCUCUGUUAAAAUGCCCAGUAAAUGUAUAUUUUGAUCUUCACUACUUUUAUAUUAGAAAAUGAAGAAAAAAACGCAUGUCUUAUAAGCGUUAGUAUAAUUUCUUAUUUUGUAAUGUCUUUUCUAGAAAGUAUGCCAACAAAAUUGUAUACACACUAUUCAUUCAUACCAGAUUUGGAUCUAAAUAUUGAAUUCCUCCAAACACGAUUAAUGGAAACAAAUGAUGCAAUAAAAGACGUAACCGAAUUUGCAUCAACUGUAAAAACUGAUGUCGAAAUACUUUCACUUGAGAUGAAAUCAACAGAUACUAAAUUACACUUUUUUGUUGAUGAAUUGAAGUCUGACUCAGAAAACAUAAAUAAAAAGUUAUUGACGUUGGAGGAUCAGGUUAGUUCUCAUUAAAUUAAAUUUAAAUAAAAAAAAAAAAAAAAAAAAAAAAAAAAAAAAAAAAAAAAAAAAAAAAAAAAAAAAAAAAAAAAAAAAAAAAAAAAAAAAUUAUUGAAGUUGGGAGAAAAAGUUAUUUUUUAAUAAAAAAAAAUUAAAAAAAAAAAAAAAAAAAAAAAAAAAAAAAAAAAAAAAAGCAAGUCCCCUAAAUUUUACUUUUACAACAAAAUAAAUUUUAAAAAUAUGCGUAUUGUUUUGAAGGCUCUUUUUGAAAUAUAAAUUUUUAACAUUUAAAAUGUAUAGAAGGGUUAUAUUUAAACAGGAAAGAAAUGACAAUGAUGUUUUAAUUUUUUUUUAAAUUAUUAAACAGCAUUUAUUUUAAUCAAAAUAAAAUAAAGAUUUAUUUACUUUUACCAUUUUAGCUCUUAGUAGACCAUAUUGACUUUAAAUUAAGUAACAUAAAUGUCACAUGCUUAUACCUACUUUUUCAGUUUGGAUUGAUAUAUCAGCUAUUUAGUAAGAAGAUGAUACACAUGGAACAGCUGAGGAAUAUUUUAAAUGUAAAUAAAUUAGCCCGAGAAGAACAAUUUAAAAGGGUAAGGCCUUUGAUAACAUCAUAACAAAACAAUACAAUUUUAAUUUCAUUAGAUCAAUUGAUCAUAACCAAUUAAAGUUGAACAUGUUAAACAAUAGAAAUAAAACGGCAUGCAAUUGGUUUUUAUACAUGUUUGGAGAAAAAACGUGUUAAAAUUUCUUUUCUAAACUCUAUGAAACAAAUGAGACUCUUAACUUACAUUUUUAACAUUCAAGGUGGAAAAAAUAGAACUAAAAUCUCCUGAGAUACCGGUACAUGGAAUGAUUAAGUAUUUUAGUAAGUAAAUUACCUUUUUUUUAAAAUAUAAAAAUUAAUGAAAAAUAUAUUUAUUUGUUGCUCAAUAAAAAAAUUAAAAUAAUUCAUAACUGCAUGAAUGUAUUAAAAUCUUUUACUUUAUACACAUUUUAAAGCUAUCAACAUCUCAAAUUGAUUAAACUUUAAAUAUUCUUAAUCAUAGUUGAUAAUUGUGCUUAUAUUCUAGCACCUACCAAUCUGCCCUCAAAACGGCCUGAAGGGUUCACAGCUCUGGUUUCAAGCAAUGGAUCUGAGUUUAAACUUGGUGAGACCGUCCACUGUUUUACUCAAGUACGGCUAAACCACGGAAAUCACUUUGACCCAUCAACUGGUAAAUUCACUGUACCUAGUAAUGGCGUUUACCUUAUCAGUGUGUGUGUAGAAAAAUGCUCAGGACAGGUUAUGUUACAUCUAGUUAAACAGCAGCCUAUAAAGUCUUCAUGUAAUGUUAUCAAUCAAGUGGUAGUCAAUGAUAAGGAAACCAAUGCUUGUCUUGUCGCUGUUGAAGAGCUCCUCAAAGAUGAGGAACUCAUGAUCAGGAGCUAUAAUCAAGGAAGUUUGAGAAGAUUUUCUAGUUUCUCGUGUUUCCGAAUAUUCUAACUUGAUUAAAGGAUGGAACACACAUUUUAUAUAAUGUUCCAUGCCUUAAUUAUACUUUAUAAAAGGUACAUAUCCGAUUGAUGUAAUCCAAUAAUGUAUGUCAUUCAACACUAAAUACAACGUUGGUUAAGUUAUACAGUUGUAUUAUAGGUAAAAGCUAAAAUUGUGUUCUUUUCAUAAAAGUAUACAUUCUUGUCUUUAUGUGAUUCCAUUCCUCCAGCUAAAUGUUGAACACAAAUAAGGAAAUUGUUAUAAUUUUUUUGGAAGGGGACACCAAACUGAAGAUAGGAAAAAUAUUAAAACUCCUUAGCAAUAGAUUUUUAUCUUAUACAUGUUUUUUUAAAAUAAUCAUAGUAUAUAGCAGUAUGGCAUUACGAACUCUGAAUAAUAUACUGUAUAAGCGACGUUUAAGUUAUGGUUUUUGUUUUGUUUUGUUUUUAAAUGGUAUUGAAUUAAAAAAAUGAUUAAACAAUUAUACUUUAGAGCAAUUUGAAACUUAUUUAGCCUCAGUAUAUGCGUGUGGUACAUGAUUUCCUUUUUGCUUUAUUUAAUCAAACGACAAUUAAUUAGACGCAUGAAAAACAGCAACACAAACCUUCCAAACAUUCGUGUAAAAUGUAUUGUAGAAAAUGUAUUUCCAAAACUAAAAAUAAAGUAAAGCAGGCCGUGGAUCCUAAUUGCAACGCGUUAAUGUUUCUUUAAUAGAAUUGCAUUUUAAAUACAAGCUAUUUAUUUAAAUUAAUCUGCUACCCCAUCCUGUGAGAUUAUAUAAAGAUUUUAUUUUUAAGUUUCCACGCAUGCUGAAGAAAUUAUAGAAAAACGUUUUAGCAUCAAAAGAAAUUUAUUUUAUAAUUUAAAAAAAUAUCAUAUACACGCUUGCUUUGUCAUUGCUUCCUGAUUAAAAAUAAAUUACACACAAAUUCCAAGUACUUUAUUAAUUUUUUGUUGUUUUAGCUUUGUAUUGUGUAUUUUAUUUCAAGUGUAUUGUCAUUUGCUAUUUAGUUCAAUAUAUUUUGUUGGUAUGUUCUUAAGGAUUAUCAUUAAAAUAUUUUACAU